AUGGUUGCUAGAAUCUCAGAACUUGAGAAGACAAUGGACGAAAGAGGAACUAAACUCUCUGCUUUAACCCAAAAACUUGAUGAUAACGAGAAGCAAUCAUCGUCCACAAUUGAGAGUUUGACAGCUGGGAUCGAUGGCUUACGAGCAGGACUAGAUUCAAUGACUUCUCAAAAGGAAGAGUUGGAGAAACUAAUGGCAAGCAAGGGCGAUGAAGCUUCAAUGCAGAUUAAGAGUUUGGAAGAUGAGAUCAGUGGUCUGAGCUAA